AUGGAAGAGCUCAAGGCUAAGCGUGAUGAUUUGUCAAGAAGGGUCACAAGAGAGGAGGAGGAUAGACGUCAGCAAAGGCUUGCCGAAAUCAGCUGUGAUAGAGGAAAUACAACUUCAACGAUAAUUGUUGGUCAAGAACAAUGCUCGAAAGAGCAUGGAAACAUCUCAAGGAAGAUAGAGUUGGUACUAUGGGUAUAUGACAUAUGGGAGAAGGUGGAUCUAAUAGAGAUUGGAGUCCCAUUUCCAGCACCAGAAAACCGAUGCAAAGUAGUCUUCACCACUCGUUCCCAAGAGUAUGUGCGCAUGAGGGUUGAAGACCCAAUGGAAGUCCAAUGUUUGGCGGAAAAUGAAGCAUUUGAUUUGUUCCAAAAGAAGGUUGGACAAAGAACAUUAGGAAGCGAUCCAGAGAUCCCUGAGCUUGCAAAAGAGUUGCUAGAAAAUGUGGUGGCCUUCCAUUGGCGCUCAAUGUCAUAG